AUGUCGCAGAUAAAUGUUGAUCUGUCCGCUCAAUUUCUCGAAUGUCUGGCAGUUGAACGCCAAGAGAGCUUCGACCAGAUGUCUGAGUUGAUUUCACGAGCCUCGCCCAAAAACUUGAGUGCCAAUGGACUGGCAGUGCUAAAUCUGAGCGUUUCGAAUGUGCGGACUAGCAUUGGAGGCAAACAAAUAGUUGAGCUGGUUCCACAUGCUUCUAUUGCGGGGAAAGAAAAUGCUGCAAUCCAAACAGGGGACUUGAAGACUGGCGACAUUGUCAAGCUGGAUAGGUAUAGCUCCGACGUGAACACUAAAAAGCUGAGGAAUUCGUCUAAAAAGAAGGACGUUGACGACGCCGAGGAAAGCAGCGUCCAGAUUGAUGGUGUGGUGGUGCUUGUGAGUGAACGGCAGAUUAACAUUGCGCUCAAUUACGACUCAAUGACAGCUGAAGGUGCCAAAAUCGAGGAGAAAGUGUAUUCACUUUACAACUCUGAUGCGAAGAUAUGGCUUGUUCAGGUAGAUAAUGAGAUCACUUACAAUCGCAUGGAGUCGACCAUGAGAAAAUUGGGCGAGCUGGACGCUGAUACGGCGUCGGAACUAGUGAAGCUUGUUUUGGGCAAGUCUGCAUUUCUCCCACCUAAUUUAAAGCACGAAAAAACAAAGCUCAACUGGUUCAAUGGCAAUCUGAAUGACUCUCAAAAGAAUGCCGUUCAGUUCUCGUUAGCAAGCAAUUUAAGCAUUAUCCAUGGGCCCCCUGGAACAGGGAAAACAAGUACCAUAGUGGAGCUCGUCAAACAAUUGGUGUUGAGGAAAAGAGAAUCACAAGGCAGGAAACGGAUUCUGAUCUGUGGGCCCUCCAAUAUCUCGAUAGAUACCAUUUUAGAGCGACUCUCAUCUUUUUUCUCCGACAACAAAUACUCAAGGCUGGUCCGCAUAGGACAUCCUGCCAGGAUGCUACCCCAAAUUUUGCGUCACUCGUUGGAUAUCAUAGCAGAGAGCGAGUCCGGCGAGAUAUUAGAGGACAUUCUCCAAGAGAUCAACCAGUUGACCCGGAAAAUCAAAAAAACAAAGAGCUAUAGAGAACGCAGGGAACUGUAUCAGACAAUCAAAGAGCUGAAGAAAGAUCUGCGUCUCCGAUCGAAGAAAGCAUACAACGACGUUCUGUCAAACUCUGAGGUUGUAGCAGCUACUCUUCACGGGUCCUCAGCAAGAGAAAUUGUGAACUGUAUCCGCGAAAGAGGAGAUCUAUUCGAUACAUUAAUUAUAGACGAGGUUUCGCAAGCUUUGGAGCCUUCCUGUUGGAUCCCGCUGAUGUAUAACCAAUCGUUGAAACAGCUGAUUAUUGCAGGCGAUAACAAACAGUUGUCACCAACGAUAAAAACGAAAAAGAAUGCCAAAGUGGUCAACACAUUGAGUAAAACGCUGUUUGACAGAUUAAUCGAAGUGCACAAAAAUCACCAAGAGUUUACCUGCUUCCUUGACAUUCAGUACCGAAUGAACAACAAAAUCAUGAGCUUUUUCAGUGAUGCCCUCUAUGACGGGAAGCUGAAGGCACAUUCCUCGGUCAAAAAUAUCAAACUUUCAGACCUGCCCUAUGUGAAAUCUCCCCAAGACGACAACGUUGCAGAGGAGGUCAUAUGGUAUGAUACUCAAGGAGGUGACUUUCCGGAAGCAGAUUCUGCUGAAGACGACUCAGCGGGUCUACAAGCGUCCCGUUAUAACGACGGAGAAUGUUUGGUGGUAUUAAAACAUGUUCGGUCUUUGGUUGAGGACCAUAAUGUCAAGCAGGGAGACAUAGGCAUUAUUUCUCCAUACAGUGCUCAAGUGUCUAGCUUGCGAAAGCUUUUGCGAGAGGAGACGGAACACCCGUUCCCAGAGAUUGAAAUCAGCACUGUGGACGGUUUUCAGGGACGCGAGAAAGAGGUGAUCAUUUUGUCACUGGUGAGAUCGAACGACUCGCACGAUGUGGGAUUUUUGAACGACUAUAGACGUAUGAACGUUUCCAUCAGCCGGGCCAAGCGUCAGCUGUGCGUUGUGGGGGACAUGGAAACAAUUAGCGAAAGCAACGUGGGUUUCCUGAAGCAAUGGUGUGAAUGGUGCGAAGAAAAUGCCGAUAUCAGAUAUGUCGAUGUCAGUGAAUUAUGAGCUUGGUGUCCACAGACAAAGCUCCGAGUCGGCCGAUGCCAUCACACAGUAUUGGGGGUCGAACAGGAGCAUUCGCGGAAGGGUUUUCGUCUCGUUUUCUAACUUCUUGACUGGAUACAAUACCGCCGGCAAGCUUUCAGUCGAUAAAAGCUUCAAGUCCCAUACCAGUACAGAACCGUCACCAUUGCCACCAAAGAUGAACCGACAGUCGGGAGAGACUGUCAAAUUGCCUGUGUCGGGGUAUUCUCUCUCGAUGAGGGGCAGCUGGCCUGGUAGCCUUGCUACCAAGCUCAAAUUGAAAGCGUCCAGAAGGAAGUGCUCUGUGGAAUUUGUGGUGAUCAAGAUAUAUUUAUUAUUAUUCAUGAAGUCAAUUUUUGUGACAGACGAUGGUUUCACAAAAUCGCACACCACAGUGGAAAAUGGCCGGUCUGUAAGAUGCGCCACCGCAUGCAGGGAAAGAACAUUUGAAUACGCGUUAUGAAUGGCAACGACUGUGUUGGAUGGAUCAAGGGCUAUGGAGGACGGUCUCUCGUCAGUUACUAGAGUUGCUUGGCAAUUGGCACUCCUUGUGUCCCAAAGGCGGACAGUGUGGUCGUAAGAGGCACUAACAAACAUAUGAUUAAGAUCGGCCAUUGCGAGAUCUGUCACCAGGGCCGUGUGGCCUUUAAAAUAUCGAAUGAAAGAAUUAUCAUGCAGCGAGAGAUACCGAAUUGUAUCGUUUUCCUUGGUGGAUGCAAAUACACAGGUAUUUUCCUUGCGGCCCAGUUUUGCCAAAUGGCAGCCGUAUUUCUUGGAGUAGAUGGGCUUGACAUGUUUUCCUUUGGCGACAUCGUAGAGAUGUAUGCUUUCGUCUACACCGGCAGUUAUGAGGAACUGGCCUGUGUGAUCGAAAUCAAUAGAUGUUAUGGGUGUAUUCGAUACGUGAUUAUUGAACAACUUUGCCGGCUUCAGCGAAAGCAGAAGG